GGAUACUGCCCCUGGGCGCUGCUUUGCUUUUGGCCCGCUCUCUGCUCCCCAUGGCUAGCACGUAGACGUGCCGCAUCUACGCUGUCUCUCCCACCCUCCCUUGCACCAUGGCCGGCCGCUACUCCAACCUGCCACCGCCGCCCACUCGCGACUCUCUGGAACUGGCGUCGCUCGCCUCGUCCUCGCACGCCUCGCCCCGGUCCUCCCACGAAUCGUCGACCUCGGGCGCUCCCUCGUCGCGCAGGCUGUCGUUCGACGAAGAGGAUCCCCUGUCCGAAUUGAACCCGGCCGGCCGCGACUCCAGCAGGCCGCGCCACAAUCGCUCGUACAGCGUCUCUUCGGCCUUUGACUUUGCGCCCAACCUCUUUCCCCUCUCAAGCACGGCCCAGGGCUACACGGCACUCGGCGCGCCUGCAAACCCGGCCCUCGACCCGACCAAUGCGCUCAAUGGCGGCUCGCUCGAGAGAAACAAAAGCCUGACGUAUCUCAAUGGCCUGUCGCUGGUAGUCGGCCUGAUAAUAGGAAGCGGCAUCUUCUCAUCCCCCUCGCAGGUCAACAAGAACGCAGGAUCGCCUGGCGCGUCGCUGCUCGUCUGGCUGGUCGCGGGAAUCUUGGCGUGGACGGGCGCGGCGAGCUAUGCUGAGCUUGGAGGGGCUAUUCCGCUGAAUGGCGGCGCCCAGGUCUACCUGUCGAAAAUUUUUGGCGAGUGGGCGGGCUUCCUCUUCACAUGGUGCGCCGUUGUAGUGCUGAAGCCCGGCUCGGCAGCCAUCAUCGCAAUCAUCUUUGGCGAGUAUCUCGUGCGCGCUGUAAUUGGAGCCGAGGCCGUAGACGCGAGCACAUGGUUGAACAAGGGCGUGGCGCUCGUGGGGCUGGUCGUUGUCACGUUGCUCAACUGUGUCUCCACAAAGCUGGGCACGCGAAGCGCCGAUGUCUUCAUGUUCUUGAAAUUCUUCGCACUCCUGGGAGUGACCGUCAUUGGCAUUGUUGUCGCAGCAACAGGUCUGUCGUACAAGGGCAAGGCCAAUGAUGACUGGAAGCACCACGGCUGGUUUGCAGACACGAGCGAAAACGUCAGUAACUGGGCUGUUGCGCUGUACGCUGGGCUGUGGGCAUUCGACGGCUGGGAUAAUGUCAACUACGUCACAGCUGAGUUCAAGAACCCAACCCGCGACCUCCCUCGUGUAAUCCACACGUCCCUCCCGCUCGUCAUACUCUGCUACAUUCUUGCCAACAUAUCCUACUUUCUUGUCCUUCCCAGCUCCGUCAUCGAGUCGUCUAAUACCGUCGCCGUGGCCUUUGGAUCCCAAGUGUUUGGCCCCAUUGGCGCCUUCAUUCUCGCCUUGUUCGUCUCUGGCUCAUGUUUUGGCGCACUCAACGCAACGACAUUUACAUCUGGCCGACUUGUGUACGCUGCAGGCAAGGAAGGCUAUCUUCCCUCUCUGUUCGGAAACAUUGGACUUGGGAAGAAUCACCGCGCGAUUAGACUGCAUAGCCUCAAUGCAAGCCAGGGAAAGAGCAAAAUAUCCCGCAGACUAGUGAAUUGGUUUGCAGACCAAGAUGCGGGCUUUUUCUUCACUCCCAUAUCUGCCAUGCUGCUCAACGCCUUCCUUACUGCCAUUUACAUCCUGGUUGGCUCUUUCGACACUCUAGUCACAUUUUACGGCGUUGCAGGGUAUGCCUUUUACUUUCAGACUGUCCUGGGGUUAAUUAUCCUACGAGUCCGUGAACCCGACCUGGAAAGACCGUACAAGACGUGGAUCACCACACCCAAGUAA